GAACGGGUUCUAUUCUUCAACAACCUUACACGAUUAGUAAAAUGUCUGAUCUUCAUGACUUAUGUCGAUUCGCUAAACGACCAAUCCAAGAGGAUUAUCUUGAAAAUCUAAAAUAUUACUUGAAAGCCGGAAUUCCAGCAACGUAUACUAUUGAGGAGGCAUUCAACUACAUGAAUAAUAUUGAGGGUGUAGAGCCAUCAACCACUACAACCCCGUUGCAUUUAAUAUUUACUCAUUUGCCUUUGGACUACACUGAACUGGAGCUUUCUAUUGUUAAAGACAUGGUAACAAUAUUGUUGGAAUAUGGAGCCGGUUGGUGCUUGACAGAUGUGAACGAUGAAACACCUGGAUGCAUACUACUCAAACGCAAUCUUGGGGAAACUAUUCUCUAUAACCAAAUAAUAGAUGCUGGGGUCCGUGCAGAACUUCUUUUGCGAAAAGUUUCUGAAUUUGAUGUGGAAAUAAUUGAAGACACUGAAGAAUUGGAUCACGAGGCGUUUGCGAAUACUACAUCUACAGAAUGCGACGAGGAGACAGAGAAAGCCGCUGAAAUAUGUACCAUUCUGUCAAAUGUUGCUGAAGCUGAAAAAUUGCCUGCUUCUUUUGAGACUAAAAAUUCAGAAUCAUGCGAUCCUUCGCAUAAUCAGGAUGCUUAUCUCAAAUCUGAACUCCAGUACAUCGAUGGCGCCCUUGUCACCAAAGGUCAACAAGAUGGAGUGAUGAUGGAAUGGGAGCGUGACCUUAUGCAAUUGGGAUGUGAUUCUUUAUUCAAAGGAUCACGGACCGAGUCGGACCAGGUCGACCCAGAAGUGAAUAUUUUGAACAUUGGGUUUGGUAUGGGAAUUAUCGAUGAAAUGAUCUCUGAGAAGUCUCCAACCAAGCAUUAUAUUUGCGAAGCUCACCCUGACGUUCUCCAAAAACUUAAGGAAGAGGGUUGGUACGAUAAGCCUAAUGUGGUCAUUCUUGAAGGCCGUUGGCAAGAGCAAUUAGACAAACUUUUGAGCUCAGGUGAAGUGUACUUCAAUGGUAUAUACUAUGAUACCUUCUCUGAACACUAUCAAGAUAUGUUGGAACUUUUUGAUUAUGUGGUGGGAUUAUUAAAGCCAUAUGGAGUAUUUUCCUUUUUCAAUGGUUUGGGUGCAGAUCGUCAGGUGAUUUAUGAUGUUUACAAAAAGCUUGUUGAAAUAGAUUUGGAGACCUACGGAUUGGCUUGCAGCUUUCAAGAAGUAAGUGUCCCUGAGAAAACCAUGAAGAAAGGCGAUGAAACAAGUGUCUGGGACGGGAUUCGUAAGGCUUACUGGCUGUGUCCAACAUUUUACCACCCCGAGGCUCGUUUCAUCAAUGCUUGAUUUUGUUUCUGAACGAAAGACAAUGCAAAGUAAGGUGUAAUGAUUGUUCACCGCCUGAGAUUCACUUUCAAUAUACUCAACAAUCUAUGAUUUAACCGCGUAUGAUCUUAUUUUUUAUUUGUAUUUGAUACGCAGCAAUAUUUUGCGUUCAUAGAUAGCUAAAAAUGAAAUUUCGGCGAAU